AUGGUUGUAAUCAAUUAUCAGAUCAGUGAAUCCAUAUUAAAAUCGAUUGAAUCAAAUAAGCAACUAAUUGUAUUGAAUACUUUCAAUGAACAAUCAGCGGAUGAUCUCAUACAGAGUUGGAACACUAUCAAUUCGGAAUAUCUAGGUGUUUUGGAUAACCAUUCAAUUUGGUGCAAUUUAAUCAUUCAUUCAAUGGAAUUUAAUAAAUUUUUGAAGAUUUAUAACAUUGAAUAUUUCAACAGGCAAACAAUAUUAAUAAUUAAGAAUGGUAAAGUACUGAAUACCAUCGAAUUUGAUAGCAAUAUUAAUUAUUCUAAAUGUCUAAAUAUGAUUGAUUUAGAUGAAAACUAUUCUUGUUCCAAUUAUCAAUUGAUAGAACGACAGAAAUUGUUGAAAUUGAUUAAGAGAAGAAAUUCAUCAUGUAUAUCUGCGAAAAAUAGGGCCCAAUUUUGCAAUAUACGAAUCAAAUUGCCCAAUUCAUCGCUAAUAGUACACGAAUUUGACUUGAUUGAGAAUAAUUUAAACGAUAUAAGGAAAUUCUUGACUUCUAAAAUUAGCGAAGAUAAUAUCGAUUUAAAUCAAUUUAUCUUCAUCCACUUAAGGCCAAGAAAAGAUUUUACCAAGUUAGAUGAAAUUAAGACUUUGAAAUCAGUAGGUAUCGACGAUAAAACCACUCUUUAUUUGGUCAAACACAGUAUCGCUAGAAGACGAUUAUCAUUUCAUUGGAAAUUUAUGUUUAGUUGGAUUUCCAGCUUUUGGCAUUGA